CGAAAGGAGAUGGUCAGCAGACUGAUGUCAAAUGAAAGGAACAGUCUCCGCGACACAGAUAUUGAUGAGAUUGCACAGCUUACUGACGGGUAUUCUGGAGCUGAUGUGAAAAACGUUUGCCAGGAGGCUGCCCUAGGUCCAAUACGUUCAAUCUCAUUCACGCAAAUCGAAUUCAUUUCACAUGACCAGGUGAACCCAAUCGGAAUGAACGAUUUCAAAACAGCUCUAACUAGAGUUCGUUCCAGCGUUGGACCAUCGGAUCUCGACAAUUACCUCGAAUGGGACAAACUGUAUGGAUCUGGGUCUACUUAGAUUAUUGUUUUCCAUAUUUAUUCCAACUCUGUCAAACCUAAGCCGAUUGGAAUACGCUGCAGUUAACCAGCGAUAGGUGCUCAAAUAUGGUAGUUUAAUUGAAGAUAAGUUCUAAGUCAAUACAGUCAUUACACCCAAGAAUUAUUUAUGUAUUUGUUUACUCUUGAACAUAAAAUGUGACAAUAAUAAUUCAUAAAAUAAAUGUAUUUUCUUUAAAUUAAAUCAUAAAACCGUUUGGAAA